ACCCUCUCAUCGAGGUGGAAGUCGGGACUACCAUACGUUGUAAACCCCUCCACCCUUAUCCUCUCCCUCCCUUAUCUCCUUUCUCGCCAUGGCUUCCUCUUCCCUUCGCCUCUCCUCCAUCUCCAGAACCAACCCCUCGGUUGAGAAUUGCGGGAAACCCACUCCAUCUCCGCCGGUAUCCCUUCACUUCUCCGCCGCCCACAACCCAUUCAGGCUCUUUUCCUCCCGCCCUAACUCCAUCGUCCGCCCUUCACUCUCGUUCGUCCCUUCGGCCGUCGCAACAUCCAAUUCCUCUCUCUUGAGCGAGGAGGCGUUCGGCCUCGGAGGGUUCGGGAAGGGCUCCCUCGACGUUAGCGACACCGAGUACGAGUAUUCGGAGGGCGAAGCUGAGGGAAUUGAAGCUGUCGAUGAGAAUGAACUCGACAUUUCCAAAUUGGGAUUGCCACAGCGUUUCGUCGACACUCUAUUGAAGCGUGGGAUUGCUAACCUUUUCCCCAUUCAGAGAGCUGUUUUAACGCCAGCAUUUGAAGGCCGGGAUAUAAUUGCUCGUGCAAAGACCGGUACAGGAAAGACAUUGGCGUUUGGUAUUCCAAUAAUUAAAGGUUUGGAUGACUUGCAACAAGGAAAAGACAUAAGGCGGGGGCGGCUUCCAAAGGUCUUGGUCCUUGCACCUACAAGGGAAUUGGCUAAACAAGUGGAAAAGGAGUUCAAGGAGUCUGCUCCAUAUUUGAAUACAGUUUGCAUCUAUGGAGGGGUAUCAUAUAAUGCACAAGAGUCUGCCCUUUCCCGUGGAAUUGAUGUUGUAGUUGGAACCCCUGGUAGAAUCAUCGACCUUAUAAAAAAUAACAGCCUGAAGCUGGGAGAAGUUGAGUACUUGGUCCUUGAUGAGGCAGAUCAAAUGCUUGCUGUGGGAUUUGAAGAAGAUGUCGAGACCAUUAUGGAGAAACUACCAGCAAAGAGGCAGAGCAUGCUUUUUUCAGCCACCAUGCCAAGCUGGGUUAAGAAAUUGGCUCGAAGGUUUAUGGACAACCCACUGACCAUAGAUCUGGUUGGUGAUCAAGAGGAGAAGUUAGCUAGUGGGAUUAAGUUAUAUGCCAUAUCAACUACCGCGACAUCUAAGCGGACAAUUCUGAGCGAUCUUGUGACAGUUUAUGCUAGGGGUGGAAAAACAAUUGUUUUUACACAAACAAAACGAGAUGCAGAUGAAGUCUCUUUGGCUUUAACAAAUAGUAUUCCUUCGGAAGCACUACACGGGGACAUUUCUCAGCACCAGAGAGAAAGAACCCUAAAUGGUUUCAGACAAGGAAAGUUCACAGUGCUUGUUGCGACUGAUGUUGCUGCUAGAGGGCUUGAUAUUCCUAAUGUUGACCUUAUUAUCCACUAUGAGCUUCCCAAUGACCCUGAAACAUUCGUGCACCGAUCUGGACGGACAGGUCGUGCAGGAAAAGAGGGCACUGCCGUUUUGAUGUUCACUGGUAGUCAGCGCAGGACAGUCAAAUCCCUUGAGAGGGAUGUUGGGUGCAGGUUUGAGUUUAUCACUCCACCCUCAGUUGAACAGGUCUUGGAAGCAUCUGCUGCCCAAGUCGUUUCUACCCUAGGUGGAGUUCAUCCUGAAUCUAUCCAGUACUUCACACCAACUGCCCAAAAGCUGAUGGAAGAACAAGGGGUUGAGGCACUUGCUGCUGCUAUAGCAACUUUGAGUGGCUUUUCCCAGCCUCCAUCAUCUCGGUCUCUUAUUACACACGAGCAGGGUUUGGUUACAUUACAGCUUAUCCGUGAAAGCAGUCAUUCUCGGGGGUUCCUAAAUGCUAGAUCUGUUACUGGGUUUCUGUCUGAUGUGUAUACUGCUGCUGCUGAUGAAAUUGGAAAAGUUCACCUCAUUGCUGAUGAAAAGGUUGUGGGAGCAGUUUUUGACCUACCAGAAGAAAUCGCAAGAGAGUUAUUAACUAGGGAACUACCACCUGGAAACACUAUUACCAAAAUCUCUAAGCUGCCUUCAUUGCAAGACGAUGGGCCUCCAAGUGAUUUCUACGGGAGGUUUUCAAACAACGAAAGGCGCCCUCAAAGAGGUGGUGGAAGAGGCAGAGGUGGUAGACCUUCUGGGGAUUGGUUGAAUGGUGAUGAUGAUUUUGAGGAUGGAUUCAGAAGUGGUGGCCGCGGUGGUAGAAGUCCAAGCAGGUGGUCCAACUCCAAACCCUCAAGAAGUUCUGGUGGCAGUGAUUGGCUAAUUAGCGAGAGCAGGCGAUCAAGCAGCAGACCAUCUUUCGGGGGCAGAGAUUCCAGCCGAUCAUCAUCUUAUGGGGGCAGAGAUUCAAGCCGAUCACCAUCUUUCGGAGGCAGGGACAGAAGCUUCGGGGGUUCGUGCUUCAACUGCGGACAAUCUGGUCACAGAGCAUCGGAUUGCCCUAGCAAGAGAGAAUACUAAGAAGUCUGUAUCAGUGGAAGAGCUAUUUUGAGUGGGAGAGUGGAAAGUGGCUUAUGGAGAAUUGGGAUGGGAUACUCGUCUUCCUAUUGCAGCAAUUUUAGUCACACUUGGAAUCAUCACAUUAUCCUAUGGAGGUUUAGGUUUUUAUAGAAAUUUAUGUUACGUAUCUUCUUGGUAGAAAAUGCAUAUACGGAUCUUCUUCAAUUAAUCAUUCUGGGUUUGUAUUCAAA